UUCCGUACAUGCAUUGAUUGACAUGAUCAAGUUCACGAGUCUACACCUGAUAUGAUCACUGCACCUACAUAGGCAGUGCUCUUUAACACACCGGUAACUGCGGAAAGAUGUUUUCGGGCCUAUAGUAUAGGACAACUUACUGUGAUAUAAAUUUACCAGCCAGGUAGAAUACUUCCAGCAAAGACUCCAUCAUGUCUGACUCCCCAGCACCUUGUGUUCCAAUCGCCACUAAUCUGGACACUAGUUUUGGACCACUGCUCGGGAGCAUAUGGCUUGCCUUUAUGUUUUACGGUGCAAAUUGUUUGCAGAUCUUUGUAUAUUUCAUCAAUUAUCCAAAGGACAGGAUGGCACUUAAAGUUAUUGUCAUCGUCAUCUGGCUUUUCGACACUGCACACCAGAUCUUGGGCUCCAUCGGAAUAUGGCAGUAUUUAGUCUCGAAUUAUGGGAAUUAUGUUUUUCUUUCAGGGACUCAUCCGCCUCUGCUCAUCGCACUUGUUUUUUCGAGCAUGGUAUCUACAAUUGCCCAGCUAUUCUUCACGUACAGAAUCUGGCACCUGAGCGGUGGACAUUGGGCUUUUCCUGCUUUUUUGAUCCCAGCGGCCCUUUCCCAACUAGUGCUAUGCUGCCUUUAUGCCGCCAAGGGACUGGCAAACAACACUGUCCAAAAUCUUUAUGAUCUCACUAAAUACUCUACCGCUGCGAAUGCAUUAGCAGCUGGCACAGACACGAUCAUUGCAAUUAUUAUGUGCACGCUGCUUGCACGAGGGAAAGCAGGCUUCAACAAGAAGACGGAUGCAAUAUUGGCACGGCUCAUCAUCUUGUCUGUCAACUGCGGCCUUUGGACUGGUGCGUUUGCAUUAGCAGUUUCAAUCAUGAAUACAGCUAUGCCAGACAAUUUGGUUUACACCUGGCCGCAGUUUUCUCUGUCUCCGCUGUAUUGCAACACCGUUCUUGGCUGCUUGAAUGCUCGAGGCUUCAUCCGUGAUGGCAUGCAGGCAAACCAAAGAUUUCACCUGGGUUCUACUUCUGGUCGCAAGCUUCAGCAUCCACUCAACGUUGCGGUAGAAACCAGACGAACCGUCGAGAACGAGAGCGUAGACAGUCAGACUCUGCAAGUGUCGUCCAAAGACAAACAAACUAAUCACUCAACAGAAGUCUCACUACGUCCACUUGAUGAACGCUAUUGCUGAGACACAUACAUGUAAUAUGAGGCAUUACGGAGGCACCAGACGUGGUUUCCAAAAGGCUAUAUUUAUUAGACAAGUACCGAGUAUUGUACCAAACCAUUAAUACAUACUUGGAGAGGACAAUUUACAUUUUUUGUUCAAAUUAAACUCGCUAAUAUCUAGUCAACCAACCUGAGAACACGAACGUACAGUAGCC